GGGGGUGAGGGGGGGGAGGAAAGAGGAAGUAUGGUGCCAACAAGUCGGGCAAGUCGUCGUGGAUGACCGCAGGGACUGCAGCCUCAGACAGCUCGGCACGGACAACAUCUUCGCACAAGACCGGCUACUCUGCCUUUGGUGGCAUACUCGACUCGGACGAGGACGAUGUGGUGGACAUGGACUUGGGCAACAAUCUGGAUGACGUCAGACAUGGAUUCUUGUCAUCCCAUCGGACUGCUGCUGCAAGUACCGCAACUGGGGCUGGGCAUGGGGUUGAGGACAUGGACAUCGCCACCAGCCCUGUGUCCACCUCCAAGGCAAAGGCCAAGACAUCAUCGGCCAGGAAAACGCACAAGAAGACAAAGUCCAAGACAUCGGCCAAAAAGACGCCCAAGAAGACAAAGUCCAAGACAAAGCUCACGCCCAAGCCUGCACCCGAGACCACGCCUCGCGCCAAGCCCACCACAUCGUCCAAGACAAAGUCCAAGACAAAGUCCAAGACAAUGCCCAAGACAAAGCCUGCACCCGAGACCACGCCUCGCGCCAAGCCCACCACAUCGUCCAAGACAAAGUCCAAGACAAAGUCCAAGACAAUGCCCAAGACAAAGCCUGCACCCGAGACCACGCCUCGCGCCAAGCCCACCACAUCGUCCAAGACAAAGUCCAAGACAAAGUCCAAGACAAUGCCCAAGACAAAGCCUGCACCCGAGACCACGCCUCGCGCCAAGCCCACCACAUCGUCCAAGACAAAGUCCAAGACAAAGUCCAAGACAAAGUCCAAGGCAAAGUCCAAGACAAAGUCCAAGACAAAGCCCAAGACAAAGCCCACCACGUCGUCCAAGACAAAGCCAACGCCCAAGCCCGCGACAAUGCCCGCCUCCGACUCCCUCCGCACCGGGGCGGCCGCAACCACCGCAACGAGCACCCGUGCACUCUCCCGCGACACUUCAUCCACGCCACUGAGGCGUGGGCCGGCUGCCGCAGGUGACUCAACUGCCAGCGACGAACCUUCAAGCGGCCCGGCCCGCGACACCUUGCUGGCCUGCCGCAUCAAGAUGCGACCGCGCCGCCGUGCUGUUGCCCACCUCUCUCCCAACCAGUUUUGCGAGGUCUGCCUCACACCCAAGCACAGCCGCGCCGCCGCCUCGUGCCACGUCUGCGGCCUCCACUACCCGCCCCAGCUCCAUGAUCUCGACGCCGCCUUUGACCUCGCCGCCGUUCUUGUGGUGGCCAACCUCGGUCGUGUCGACGAGGAUGGUGCGUCUGUCGUCGACGUCGUCUCGCCGCGGUCCGCCUCCGUCACUGCUUACAAGCGCGGAGGCAUUGUCCGCGACGCCAAGGUUCUCGCCGAGCUAGAGGCCGCCGCCCGCAAGCGCCUUGAGGCUGCCCGCGCCAAGAUUCAAAGCGACGUCGCUACCUUUGAUAGUGCUCCGACAUGGCACUUUAUGCACACUCGCUUCAAGUCUUUUGACGACGACACUCUCGCCAAGCACAACGCCGCUCUCUUUCCGCCUCGUUCCUCGUCUCAGCUGCCUCUCUACAACCGCACGCACCUCGGGUCGCUCAAGGCAGAUUCGCGUCAUAUCGUCUUCUGA